UAUCGUUCAACCGCAACUUAGGGGAGACUAAGUUAGUCCAACUCGAAUUCGAGUGGCACUAGCACUGAAUGGCAAAGAGUAAAUCAGGACCCCCAUACACAGGUCGCACUGCAGAAUAUGUCGUUGUCACCACCCCGUGGGGGAUGAAUCGCGUCCCCAGGAAUCGCGUCUCGCAGGACUUUAAUAGGCUGGCAGCGUGGGUCCAGCAUAUCCUCGAGGAUAAAGAUGUACAUGCGAAAGUUCAAUUUAUAUUCGGUAUGGGGACGAGGGAUGAAGUCAUUCUCCAACUCCCAUACGGGACAGAUAUUCAGCCGCUUCUUGGGGAGCAUAAGUUAGCGAUUAUUUCAGAGAGGUGGGAAGGGAACCCAAACGAUGAUAGAGCGUCCUGUUUCUUUGAAUAUAAUUUUCGCAACAACGGUGACCCCAGUAAUCACAACUGGGCAGAAGAAUGUCCUGAUGUUACUCCAGAGUUAAUUCCUCCCGUAAAGUCCCCGUACCCGGAACCAGGCUGGGCUGAGCCCCCUCGUUCUAUCCGCAGUCUCGUCCUUCCAAUACCACUUAGACCACUGCUACCUAUCCCCGAAGCUGCCAGUGAGCCAAUACCAAUCCCUGUCCCUGUACCUCAAGAAGCAACACAUCUACCUCCCGUUCCUCCGCCUGCAGCGCCUUCGAAUAUCACUCCUACAUUCAAACCUUACGAGCCCCCUACGCAACACCCCGCUCACGGAACGUUCAUUAACCAGAUAAAUCAGCCUAGGAACACAUCUGCGAACCGGCAAAGCCACCAGUUCUUUCCAGCCGAAGGUGAACGUAUUCCAGCUUUGAAAUACGUCAAAAAGUUAGAUCCCUACCAGGAAGAUGAAGAAGCUCAUUCGCUCUUGCAAACACCUCCACGAGAUUCUCAGAGUGGCUCCCAGCCCACCAAAGACGAACACGUCAAAAGGGAGUCGUCUGACAUAGGCUUUGAACGCAAAUACAAGCCAUCUUCGGAACUAACGGACUCCAUUGCCAGUUUGAUACAUGAGCAGAACGAGGAACAGAAAGUUCCAGUCUGUGGGGGAUCGAGCAUAACUAACGGACCGCUGCCAGGGCCUUCAACUUCCUACCAGCCAUCUGCAGAGCUCAUGGACGCAAUUGAUAGUCUAAUCCAGGAGCAGAAUCUUGACAAGAAGCCUUGCACAGAGAACAGCCCUCAACGCCUACAAGACUCUCGGCAGAAGCCUCAAUAUCAGCCAUCCGCCGAGUUGACGAAUGUGAUUAACAAUUCACUUCAGCAGAGUACAGCCAGCGAAGACGAGCAGAAGCCGGUUCCGAACCCACCAUGUGCGCAUUCUCCGCUCAUCCUCAAUCAUGUUGUUAAACCCAAGUCCAGCGCAAAACAAGAGGAAAAAUAUAGAUGGAAGACGUUCAGGUAUGUGUUAUAGCUUCUAAGUACCAAAAACCAGAAUGAAGACGCAUGCACAGUGACGAAAAAGUUCAAGUUGGAAGAGGCAUAGAAUCUCUCAUCGUACUUUCGGAUGAGACUACCAUUUACCCACCCAUGCUGUUAACCACUGUCUCCAGCGCAACUUUUGGCUUCAGUAAGAGCUUGCUAUCCCACUGUUUGUCUCCUGAUGUGGCCAGCCUGGUCAUUCGGCCCAGGCCAAGGUCUGUCGUGCACAGCACCCGCACGCCACCAGUAGCCGGGUAUCCGUCUACGUACGCAUCCUCCAUCCUCUCCGCAGAAUAUGU